AUGAAUACGAUUGUGACGAUAGCAACUAGGCAGGCACUAACUCCGAAUCCUAAACUUAUGGGAUGCUUCUUAAAUCUUCAGCUUAAUUUAACAAUUUUGACAUGAAAAGAUUCACUCAAGUCUCUAUGCCCCUUUUAAGAAGCGAAAGCGGCGUGGAACCUUGGCAUAAGUGGGCAAGGGUCAUGCUUUUGAUCGCUGGCUCGUUCUAUUGGAUGAGAUGAGUGCCGACUUUAUUUUCUUUUCAAGUAAGAAAUGGGACUUCUUUUUUGUUAAUUAAAAAAAAAAAAAAAAAAGGGAUUUUGCUUUGCUAAUUUUUAUUUUGGGGGCUUAAGAGUAAGAGUAAUUCAAAUUAAUAAUAAAAAAAUUUAGUAAAAUUGGUAAAGGGGACCAAAAGGACAAUCGAUGAAGAAAAACCCUAGGAUCGGGAUCGAGGACGCUGUGUAGAUGCAUGCCCGUGGAAUAACGUUGGAUCUAAAUUGGUUACUGCAAUUCAUAUUCACGCUUUUUAUAUUCGCAUUGGGGGCUCUUCACUUGCUCAGGAAUACGGCAUCCAAAUACUUCCAAGUCGACGCCAGUUUCGACCGUGACCAACCAAUGCCUUCCAUGCCCCUCGACACCGACCUCUCUCCUUGCGCCGUUUGUCCCAAUCCCGCCUCCAAGAAGUGCUCGCGUUGCAAAUCUGUUCGUUAUUGUUCCUCGGCUUGCCAACGGGUGCACUGGAAUGCUGGGCAUAAGACAAAGUGCAAAGUCAAUACAGUGCAGACUGCAAGCACAAAACCGUUUUCUGGAGUUGCUCUGGUUCCUGCCAGUGGAACCUCUAAGAUUAUCAAGAAGCCAAGAAAGGUUCUUUUCCCAUAUGAUGAGUUUGUAAAACUUUUCAACUGGGAGAAAGCAGGAUUCCCUCCAUGUGGACUCUUAAAUUCUGGAAACAGUUGCUUUGCCAAUGUGGUUCUGCAAUGCCUUGUAUCCACUCGGCCACUUGUUGCUUACUUGUUGGAGAAAGGUCAUCGGAAAGAAUGUAGACAUAAUGAUUGGUGCUUUCUGUGCGAAUUUCAAACUCAUGUCGAAAGUUCCAGCCAAAGUUUGCAUCCAUUUUCACCAAUUAACAUUCUCUCACAGUUGCGUAAUAUUGGAGGUAGUCUUGGUUACGGAAGACAGGAGGAUGCACAUGAAUUCAUGAGGUUUGCUAUUGAUACAAUGCAAUUAGUUUGUCUUGACGAAUUUGGUGGAGAAAAAGCUGUUGAUUGUAGCUCUCAAGAGACAACCCUUAUUCAGCAUAUAUUCGGUGGUCAUUUACAGUCUCAGGUGAUUUGUAACAAUUGCAAUAAGAUUUCAAACCAAUAUGAAAAUAUGAUGGAUUUAACUGUUGAAAUUCAUGGAGAUGCUUCAUCAUUGGAGGAAUGCCUUGAUCAGUUCACUGUUAAAGAGUGGCUUCAUGGAGAAAACAUGUACAAAUGUGAUGGCUGCAAUGACUAUGUCAAGGCAUGGAAGCGCCUUACUAUACGAUGGGCCCCUAACAUUCUUACCAUUGCCUUAAAAAGAUUUCAGAGUGGCCAUUUUGGAAAACUCAACAAAAGAGUUAGCUUUCCUGAGGCAUUAGAUCUUACCCCUUACAUGAGUGACGUUGGAGAUGAUACCAAUGUAUACAAACUUUAUGCGGUUGUUGUCCAUGUGGAUAUGCUGAAUGCAUCCUUUUUUGGUCAUUACAUCUGCUACACCAAAGAUUUCUGUGGAAACUGGUAUAAAAUUGAUGACUGUAGGGUUACAAGGGUUGAAUUGGAAGAGGUACUUUCUCAGGGAGCAUAUAUGCUUUUGUAUAGCAGGGUUUCUGCACGUCCAUCAUGUCUUAGAACCUCUGGAACUCAGGGGAAGGAUGAACAGAAAGCAAUUAAAGCUGAAGUAGAGUAUUGUCCGAAAGAACAAAUUGAAUGUGUAGCUGGAAAAGAAUCUAUUUGUCAUCCUAGUCGUUCUGCUUCCCUGUCAUUGAAUGGUAGGUUGCAUUUAGAAAUUCCUGGACAUGAAGUUGAGUCAUCUACUGGAAUGAAUGCUGAUGAUGUUCAUGGAAAUGAGGAUGGUGAUAUGGUUAGGUUCAAGCCAAAUUCAUCUGUUUCUAAGGAGGUUUCCUUCCACGAUAACAACUCAUGUUUCGAGAUUGAUUCAGAAGCUAUUAGAAUUAAUGGUGAAGAUAUAGAUAGGAUUCAUUCUACAGCAGUGAGAGAAAAUCCAAAGAAUACAGACAGGAUUAGUACUCAGUCAUGUUCUACUGAUAUGGAGGUUCCCAGCUGUGAUGAAGAUAAAGAUCUGUUUGUUGCAGCCAGUUCCGAAGCUGUAAUAGAAAACCCUGAAAGUAUGAAGAUGGUUGAAGAGAAGCCAUAUAUGUCAGUUUCAAAAGAAAUAAAAAGCUGUGAGCAAGAUUCUCAAGUAGCAAUUGAUUAUAUAAUGAAUCAUUCAGAAGAAAUCAAUAUGGCCAAUUCCGAAUCAAGUCCAACAAUUGCAGGGGAUAGCAGCAUUUUUUCAUUUUCAGACGAGACAUCUGCAGCCAGAACCCCUGGUUUGAAACGUGAAUUGUCCUUACACGGUUCAGAACUUGAGGGAGGGAAUGGGGUCAAGAGAGCUGAAAUAGCGAAUGGUAGUUUGCCAUAAUUGGCUGCAUUUUUCUCGCCAAGUAUUUUGGUCAUAUUUUUUGAUCAUCCCAUCAUUAAAAGAAAUGGAUGAAGUUGGGUUCUUUAUCUGGGUUUUCAUUCUUUACAGAAAUCUCAGAUGCUAUUGUACCGAAUUUUAGAUUGACCAUAACCAUUUUAGGUUGACAUAAUGGAAAAAUACGAUAUGGUUAUAAUUAUUAGCAGGAAUUCCUUUCCUUUGCUAUUUAAUUCUGCUCAUCCCUUGAACUAGUAUUUGCUAGUCUCUCGAGCCAUUCCUCCUGACAUGUGUUGCAAUAUAUUUGCGCUAUAAUUCGAUGUGUCGUGCUUGAGCGAUGGUAGCUUGUGUCUGUCAUUUCACUUGUUAACUUUGUCAGCAUAAUCAAACUAUAAAAUGGAAUUGAAAAGGCUACUUUUCAAGAUAACAAGAAAAAAUUUCAAAAAAAGGCUGCAAGGGCACAUGCAUUUGUUGUCCUUUUCACCUUCAGGCCAGCUUAGCUUACUUCUCUGCUUCACUUACAAAGUACAAACAUGCAUGGAUCACAAGUUUGUUGUGUCAAAUAACUCAAUCCACAAAUUUAUAUAUGGUGUU